ACCGAGCACCGAAAUUCUCAGACAAAGAAACCAAAACCAAAACAGAAAACUGAAAAAACCGACAUACAAUUCGGCUUGGUUCGGUUCAAUUUUGGUUUACCUUUUAAAAACUGCCCAGCCUGAAUCCUCCGUCCAAACCUCCGCUUCAAACAGGAUGGGUCGCUCCUUGGCUUGGUUCAUCCCCAAAUCAUCAGGAUUCCGUGUUUGGUUUGGCCACAGGCGGAGGUAUUUGAGGUGUAGGACUGCAAGCUGGUCGAUCUCCUUCAGUUGGAUUUUUUGGGAGCCAUCGCUGAUUCCACCCUGAUCGAUCCCAUGGAUGCACAAGAUGAUGAGAGGCCACUGAUCCAUCGCCUGCCACUACAGGAUGAAACUUCUGAAUUUACUAGCGACGGGACGGUUGAUAUUAGCAACCUGCCUGCUCGGAAGCAGAGAACUGGGAAUUGGAAAGCAUGCUUCUUUAUUAUAGCUGGUGAAUUCACUGAAUCUGUGGCCUUCUUCGCGAUCGCAAAGAACUUGGUCACUUACCUCACGGGUGUGCUCCACGAGAGCAACGUCGAUGCUGCGACGACUGUGUCCACGUGGAUUGGGACUUCAUUCUUCACGCCGCUCAUCGGAGCGUUCUUGGCCGACACAUUCUGGGGACGAUACUGGACAAUAGCAAUCUUCCUCUCCGUAUACGUCACAGGGAUGAUGAUCCUGACCGGUUCAGCUCUUCUUCCACUGCUGAUGGGCUUGUCCUACAACCGAGGCAUUCACCGCCUCACCGCGUACCUGGGCCUCUACCUUAUUGCUCUUGGCAGCGGUGGAAUUAAGCCAUGUGUCUGUUCGCUCGGUGCCGAUCAGUUUGACGCGGCUGACCCAGUGGAGCGGGUGACCAAGGCCUCCUUCUUCAACUGGUACUACUUCUCGGUCAACAUCGGCUCCCUGCUGUCCGCGACUGUGGUCGUCUGGGUGCAGGACAACAUUGGCUGGGGACUCGGGUUUGCGAUCCCGACGGUGCUCAUGCUGUCUGGACUUGCUGUGUUCGUCGCCGGUAGGAAGGUUUACAGGUACCAGAGAGUGGAAGGAAGCCCUCUGACAAGAGUCUCCCAGGUGCUUGUUGCUGCUGUCAGGAACUACCAUUUGGUCUUGCCUGAAGACAGCUCUGCUCUGUAUCAGGUGCCUUCACCAACUGAAGGAAAUCAUUGCAAGAUUCAGCAUACAAGUCAAUUCAGGUUCCUUGACAAGGCUGCCAUUGUAGCGCCAUCCUCCGGCGACGGCGAGAAAGUACGGACAAGCCCAUGGAGGCUCUGCACGGUGUCCCAGGUCGAGGAGCUGAAGAUGGUGCUCCGGAUGUUCCCCGUGUGGGCGUCGAUGGUGCUCUUCUUCGCGGCCACCGCCCAGAUGUCGUCGACCUUCAUCGAGCAAGGCGAGACCAUGGACAACCACGUCGGGCCAUUCACCGUGCCGGCAGCAUCCCUCGCCAUCUUCGACGUCAUCAGCGUCAUGUUCUGCAUACCCAUCUACGACAAAGUGCUUGUGCCGCUGGCCCGGCGCGCCACGGGCAAGGAGCGAGGCCUGUCACAGCUGCAACGGCUGGGCGUUGGCCUCGCGCUGUCCGUGGCCGGAAUGGUGUACGUGGCGCUGGUCGAGGCCCGGCGGUUGUCUCUCACCCACGCAGCGCCCGACAGGCAGUCGUCGAUGAGCAUCAUGUGGCAGGCGCCGGCAUUCGCGGUGCUCGGCGUGGGGGAGGUGUUCACGGCCAUCGGUGCCCUUGAGUUCUUCUACGAUCAGUCACCGGACGGCAUGAAGAGCCUCGGCACAGCCCUUGCGCAGCUCGCCACCGCGGCGGGCAACUACUUCAACUCUGCCGUGCUCGCCGCCGUCGCGGCCGUCACGACGCGCAACGGGAAGCCAGGGUGGAUCCCCGACGACCUGAAUAAGGGCCACCUGGACUAUUUCUUUUGGUUGAUGGCUGUUCUCGGUGUGGUGAACCUGCUGUACUUCCUGCAUUGCUCCAUCAGGUACAGAGGCAACAACAGCAGCAGGGCAUACUCUUGACAUCAUAUGUGCCCACUAUAUGACAAGAUGACAAUAAAGAGAGAUGGACAUCGGAUUUAUCAGACGCCAUUCGUGGCGUCCCCACAAUAAUGAGUUUGCUCGCCGAUCAUGGUCACACAAGAAUUAUGAUGCUAGCUAUUAAGCUGAAUUAUAAUGCUAGCUACUAAGCUGAAUUUGCU